ACUUCAUUCUUCCUAGGCUUGUGAACAGCGCAAAGGUGGAAGCCGGGGGUGCGUCUUAAGGAAUGGGAACAGGGGACUACGUCUGUAUAACGGUGCGCGGCCGAGCGCCCUGGGGGUUUCUUCUGCGUCAAAGCGACGCAGAACCUCACCAUCCUCUCCAGGUGUAUCAGGUUGAAACAAACAGCCAUGCCUCCCUGGCUGGUUUGUGUGAGAAUGAUGAGCUGCUGUCUGUGAAUGGAGAGCCCUGCUCCACACUAAACCUUUCAGAGGCUAUCGCUCUCAUCGAGGAUUCAACUGACUGUCUGCAGCUACUGGUGAAGAGAUGCUGUUCUCACCCCCAAGAGAGUUACCAGUCAGUUAGUCCCACUCUCCAGAUCCCAUCCCCAUACCAGGAUUCAAGGGAGAUCUACAUCUCAGAGUCUCAGGAUGAGGCCUACUAUGGGGAGACAGAUAGUGAAGCGGAGUGCCCUGGGGGUGCUCCUAUGGUGCGAACCCAAUUUUGUAUUACAGCUCCCAAGGACAAAGUUGGACCAGACUCCGUAGAAGGUGGAGAUCCCAAGUUAGCAAUCACCCCAGGGUCCAUGGUGGAGUUGCAGCUGUCGCUCUCUAAGACCACCCUGGAGGACACACACUGCGCCUCCCUUGGAUGUGCACGUGGAGUUGAAGGGGUCUUCCACCAUAAAACAAACAAUGAGAAUGACAAUAGUGGUGCCCCAAGUGACCCAGGCUGUUCUUUCUUUAUACCUCGGCAUGACAGAAAGCCCCUGGCACAGCGGGGUGUGCUCGUCAGCUCCCCUUGUGCCUUGCAGGGACAGGUGGAGGUGGUUGUGCAGUCUUCUGGGAGGGGCUCUGGGACAGAAAGGGUGGGGGCCUGUGGUGCUGAGGAAGGGACCAGUGAACGGCUGGAUUCUAGUGAGGGGGAAGGAGGGCAGACAGAAGAGGCUCACGUCACCACUGUCUCCUUUGGAAUUGCAUCAGAAGAGGGGGACUCUGAGUCAGAGAGAGAGCAGAGCAAGCCCAACAAGCACCGGGCAAGGCACGCUAGGCUUCGCCGGAGUGAGAGCCUGUCUGAGAAGCAGGUGAAGGAGGCCAAGUCUAAAUGCAAACGCAUUGCUCUCCUGCUCACUGCUGCUGCCCCCAACCCCAAUAACAAGGGGUUGUUGAUGUUUAAGAAGCACAGACAGAGGGCCAAACAGUACACUAUUGUAAGCUACGGAACUGGAGAUAACGAACCAGAGUUUGAGGACGAGGAGGCAGAAGAAGACAAUAGGGAGACGCAUGCUGUUGAGGUCACAGUUCUAGCUACCAGUGAAGCUGAACUUGAUGAAGAUUUCUUCACGAAUCCCCCAGGCCACAAGAGCAUUGUGACCUUUGACUGGGACACCGGAUUGCUUGAGAUAGAGCGCAAGAUUAACAGUAAGGAGGAUAUGAACACACUCCCUGAAACCAAGGGCAAAGGUGCCCUGAUGUUUGCUCAGCGCAGACAGCGCAUGGAUGAGAUUGCAGCCGAACAUGAAGAGAUGAGAAGGAAGGGGAUCCCUGUUGAGGGGGUGCAGGAGGUUGAGAAUCAUUACCAACAGGUGGAGCCGCAAUCUUACAUCCAGGCUGCUGAGAGCCAAAAUUACAUGGAUGUAAAUGCACCCCACCCACAUCAGCACCAACACUACCAGCAAUAUCAAGAACAGUAUUAUCAGCAUCAACAACAGCAACAGUAUGAAGAAUAUCAUCAGCACAUGCAAUACCAGCAACAACAGGAGUACCAACAGCAACAGUAUCGACAGCAUCAACCAUAUCAAGAGCAACAACAAUUGCAACAGAGUUCACAUCAUUUGAAUGGUAUGUCCAGUCACCAAACCACUGUAACACAGUCAUCAGUAAUGAACAGAAGUGCAAAGCCAUUUUCUGUUGAGAACAGAGCAGCUGCUCCAUUUACUCCAUCUGCAAAUCAAGAGCAGUCCAGCUAUUCAGUGGGACAGGGUGAACAAAUUGCUUCCAGAGAUGAGCGUAUUUCUGUACCAGCAAUCAAGACAGGAGUUCUGCAAGACAAGAGGAGGAACAAAGCUAAGCCUAUGUUUACUUUUAAAGAGCCUCCAAAAGUUUCUCCAAAUCCAGAGCUUCUAAAUCUCCUUAACAGGGGUGACAGGAAAGCAGGGUUUGAGUCUGGUCCAGAGGAGGACUACCUAAGCUUGGGUGCAGAGGCCUGCAACUUUUUGCAGUCUCCUAAAUCAAAGCACAAAAUUCCACCACCAGUUGCUCCCAAACCACACAUAAACCCAGCCUCUCCACCAUGGUCUCCACAACCAGAAAUUGCAAGCCAGCAGUUCCCCCAACAUGCUGAAAAUAAUGUUCCAGCAACUGCUGGGGUUCCUGGGCCUGAAGCCGACCCUGCCCCUAAUAUAGAGUCCUCAGCCAUACCAGAGCAAGAGCCCUCCCCCACACCUGCUCCUGAACGACAGGAAGCUCUCACCAAAUCUCCAUCACAGCAACAGCAAGAAACAAUCAAUGCAUGGGGUACAUCUGAGCCACAAAUACAACCAGAUCAGCAACCAGAGACUUGGCAUGUAAAUCAAUCACAACAGCAAAUGAACAACCCUAUCCAACCACCUCAAGCACAUGCAAAGCCAGACCCAUCUGUCAGCUCAUGGGGUCCAUCUCCGACUCAGGCCCAGCAGCAGCCACCAAUGAGUGCUUGGGGUCUAUCUGAGGUGCAAUCACAACCCCAUGCACAGUCACAGAUGCAGCCGGUUUGGGUGAAACAACCCCAAGUCAUUUCAGAUGUACAACCAAGCACAAUCAUUCAAACAAAAUCACAGUCCCAGCCUCUUUGGGUGACACAGAGUCCACCUCAAGCUUUGAAUCCACCGCAACCACAGCCGCAAAUAAAUUCAUGGGCAACAGCCCAAACACAGUCACCACCACAACCUCCCUGGACCCAAUCUCAAAUGCCAACACAGCCACCUGUCAGCACAUGGUCUCAAGAUUUAAAUCAGACCCAAGGAGAGGUACCCUGGUCCCAUCAACAACAACAAUCUCAACAAUUACCAUCUUGGACAGGCCCUCAACAGUCUCCCCAGAAUCCUUGGGCCCAACCUCAGAGCCAGCCACAACCCCUGGCUCUGAACCAACAUCAAGCUCCAACAAAGCCACCUGUAAGUGCAUGGACCCAACCUCAGAGUCCAGUUCAAGCACAGCCUCCAUGGGUUCAACAGGCUCAUCCACCCCCUCAGUCUCCUCCACAGAUGCAGCAAUCACAGGGUCCUUGGCCUCCCCAAUCACAAUGGGCUCAACAACCUCAUGAGCAUCCACAACAGAUGAUGAACUCCUGGGUACCAGAACAGAAUCAAAUGCAGCCACCCUGGACUCAGCCACAGCUUCCAGCUCAGACACAACCUUCAUGGUCUCAACAACCUCAGCGACAGGCUCCACCCCCAUCUCAGACUCAAACACUUUUAAGUGCAUGGACACCACGGCCCCAGCAAGGUCCGGUCAGCAUUACAUCCCCUGCUGAAACUCAGAAGAUGCCCCAGCCAGUCAAACCAUGGAGUCCACCUAAGAACACUCAUCCCACUCCUCCACAACGAAUGCACUCAUACACAGUGGGGACAAAGCUACCAUCACCCAGUCCCAUGAGUAAUACAGCAUCACUCUCUGGGAUGGGGUCAGCUUUUGAGAUGCCAGCCUUACGAGGGAAAGGGGCUGAACUCUUUGCUAAGAGGCAGUCCAGAAUGGAGAAGUAUGUGGUCGAUUCUGCCUCAGUGCAAGCAAACAAGGCAAGACCUUCAUCACCCUCUCCUUCUUUGCCAACCUCUUGGAAAUAUUCAACUACUUGUCGUGCUCCUCCACCUUUGACAUACAAUCCAAUUCAGUCACCCUCAUAUCCACCAGGGGCUAUCAAACAACCUCCAUCUUCUAGCCCUUCUUUAAAGAACAAAAAUAAGGGUAAAGAGAAAGACAAACCUGCCCCUAAACCGCUUCAUGUUCUGGAUGUCAUGAAGCAUCAACCAUACCAGUUAAAUGCAUCCCUUUUCACCUAUGGUCCAGCAGCAGAGAAACUUGCUGCAGAAAAGGAGGCAGCUGAAAAGUUCGCUGCUCAGAAAGCAGCUGAAGCCCAAGCCCAAGCCCAAGCCCAAGCCCAAACCCAUAUCCAGGCCGGUGGUCCUGCAAACCUAAACCAGCAUUUGAGUUAUGAUCAAUCUCCUGCUUCCUAUGGUUUUAUACCACAGCACCCACAGCCGCCCCAGCUGCACUAUGGCAUGUCUGGUCCCUCCACUGCUAUGCAUGAUGACCCUUAUCACCACACUCCUCCUAAUAACUACCAGCCCUGCCCUAAUCCUUAUCAACAAGCACCCUAUCAACAAAUAUACAGCCCCCAGCAGGUUUACCAACAAUCUCCCUCCAGUCCUUACCAACAAGCAUCACGUUCUCCUUACCAGCAGCCCCCUCCAUAUGAAGCUGGCCCUAGCGCACCCUAUUCAGCUGUUCUGACACCAUGCUAUCAACCAGCUUCGAGCUCCUAUGUGGUACACACUUUUCCAGUAGCAGCAAGAGCAGAUUCCACCUCAGGAAGUAGCAUCCUAACUGCUCCAAAGCCAAAGUUCUCGGCAAAUAAAAGUGCCGCCCAGGUCUGGAAGCCUAGUGCUCCUGAACGUGUUGAGAAAUAGUGUUUAGUACUUUGUUGGCCUAACAAAGCUGGAAUGCAAAGCUGUAUAUGAAGAAGUUUCACUAAAAUGGUGCAGGAAAUAUUUUUGAAAAGUUACCAUCGACAGUGAAAUUCAAAACAGAGAGUUUUUUGAGACAAGCAAUUACAAAACAUAAAUGUAUCAGAAAGUAUUUUCUGCAUAUUAAAAAGUUGUGUUUUGUAACAGUAUGAUAUGUACAUGGGGCAUACGUCGAUUGAGAUUACACUGACAUAGCUUCACUAUUUAAAUGUGUGUGGAACUUGAGCAGGUGAAUAAAUGUUUUAUGUGAUAUGGCAAGAAAAAAAUGUAGCAAUGAUCCAUCUGGUGAUGGAAGAGAAAUACUCAUUUAUGAAUGUUUGAUGAAGGAAAUCGAGUAAUAAGUAAAAGGGAGAUUGUUUGACCAGGUAGAAUAGCCACAGAGUACUUUAGAAUGUAUUUAAUAUUGGCUGGCUGAAUGCUCUUGACAUUAUUUUUAUAAUCUAAAUGACAGAAAACCAUACCUGUCUGUAUAUUUUAUAGUAUCUCAGUGGUUUGAGAUAAUUGAUAUACAUCUGUAUUACAUCAUUUGAUUGACCCAUAGUUUGAUAGAAGGUGCAGUGCAGUUUUGGCAACUUUAUAAUCACAUAACUUACGAAGGAGAAAUCUGUUGUAUUUUUAAGAACAGAAAAAAGUUUCAUUUUUUUAGGAAGUAAAAAAUGAAUAUACGUUAUAUUAAGUGUGGUCUGUCAAAGAUCAUUUUUACAAUUAUAAAAGCUGAGUGUGUUUGAUAUUACUAAAUUUGUAGAUAUGUGAUACACAGGCAGAAGGUCAGGCAAGAAGUAAGGUUUUACAAAUUUUACAACUUUUAGACUUCUAUUCUUUUGUUCUGCAUUGUUUAUUUUCAAAUAGGAAUUCACGCCUGUUUCUUUUCCUGCUUCACUAUUUUUAUUUGUUUCUACCAGCCUUGUCUUUGUGACAAAUUAGUUUAAAUUCCAAAAUUAAACAGACAGAACAAGUAUCAGGGUUGUUCUAAAUAUAAAAACUUCAAAUUUGGGGGAAAAACUUUAUAUUUGCUUGCAUUUUGUAGUUGUUGUCUUCUUCGUGUUCUUUUAUUUUUCAUUCUUUUGUGUGAUUUUUCUUCAUAGUGCACUUCCUGUAAAAUUUGCCUCAGUGCAAUUAAAAUGACUCUCUGUUC